AUGACGAAAGACCCCCUGUUCAAUGGCUUCGAGCUCACGCCGGCCGAUUACACGUUCCCCAUGUUCUAUUCGGCAAGCGCAUUGUCUUUUCGGUCAAUGGCCUCUAAGAAUGGCAUUCCCAUACUACAGGAAGGAAUAGAACGACUGGUCGCCCACCACCCUUUUCUCGCGGGUGUUGUCAUCCCUUCGGUGGACAAGCCAGGGACUUUUCGAGUGGUUCCUGCUAGUAAACACUUACCACCCGCCGCACCCAUCUGCACAGUGCAGCAGCUCCUACAGCAGCGGAUCCCUUCAUCCAAGACCGCCUCUCCACCAAUGGUUGCCUACGACCGCAACAAACUUUUGAUUAUAGUGCCGGCCCACGUUGCUGAGUCAUCUGCCGAGCCCCCUGUGAUACGCUUCCAAAUCAAUGUAUUGGCGAACGGCCUCAUUUUGGGGAUAUUUGCCAACCAUAUGGUAAUCGAUGGCACAGGGAUCGGCACGUUGAUUCAAUCACUCGCCAUUUGCUGCCGGGAACUUCACAUGUCUGGCCCCGCUACCCGCCUUCCGAGUGACUCUAGCUAUGAGGCAUCUUCAAGAGCAAUCCUUGCCACAAUCGGUCAGGAUACCAAGGCAACCAAAACCCAGGACGUCCAACCUGAGCCCACAAUUGCGACCAAUGAAAACUCAGCCAGCGACGAAACAAUACAUGAUGUCUCUCUGCUUGAUUACGACUUUUAUCUGUCAGCGGCGAAGAUCGAGCGGAUGUUACAGUGGACCCGAGAACAGACACCGAAGGAAGUAUCACACGGUCAGGCCCCUGUUUCUGCGGAUGAUAUCAUCACUGCGGUCCUUUGGAAAUGUCUCAGUCAGUUCCGCGGUCACACAGUUGAAGGAAGUCCAAACUGUGCUCUUCAGCGAGUGCUAAAUGCCCGUCGCCGCAUCCAGCCACCGCUGUCUGCCAAUUACCUGGGAAAUUGCUUCAUUUUCCUUGACUAUUCCAAAUCCAGGGAAGAACUGAACCCUAUCGACAAAGGAGAGGUUGAUACAGAGGAAAGCUUCAUGCGACAGAUCGGCUCCAUCGCCUGCUUCCUGCGGUCAAAUUUAAACACGAUCGACGAUCAGUUUGUGCGGGACCACUUCUCGGGAUUUAUGACGGCCAUCACCUGGUCUGACACGACAAUCCAUAUUCCGGAUGUGGUGGUAUCGAGUGUUCGUCGUCUGCCAAUCCACGAGCAGAACUUUGGUGACGUGCUAGGGCAAGUGGCAGAUUUCGAGAUUCUCCCCUAUAUGGUCCCCGAGGGUGUUUGUACGAUCAAGCCGCGUCGUGAUGCGGAGUCGUGGGAAGUCAGCGUGACAUUGGGGAGCGCGGAGAUGAAUCUCCUUAGAAAUAAUCCGAUGUUUGGUUGGUUGGUCGACAAAGAGGCUCCCACGUGUAUUUUUGAGGCUGCAUGGUAA